AUGAAUAGCAUCUUCUCCCUAUUCCGCUUGCAGCCCCGCGAGGGGUCGCCCGGGCGCAGCCGGAUCUUCAUUUAUUUGGCGCUGGCCGUCAUUGCGCUUCUGCUUUCAUAUCAGCUUGUAUUAAACCAUGGCUCGCUGGAAUCCGUGUCGCCCUGGGGGAAGACAUCGGUUGGAGGCGCCAAGCAGGAUGUGGCGGAACCGCCCACAUACUCCUGGCGGAUCUCCAGGACCCCCGAGAAGGAAUUGGUGGUUGCUGCGAUGCGCGACAGCGACAUGGCGUGGGUCGCAGAGAACGUGCCCGACUGGACGACGACGAUCUAUCGCGCCGAUGCGGACAAGAGCGAAUACAAUUUUACGGUCCCCCGGAAUAAAGGAAAUGAGGCGAUGGUAUACUUGACAUAUUUGAUUGACCGCUACGAUUCUCUGCCCGAAGUGAUGGUGCUUAUGCAUGGCGGCCGCUAUCAGUGGCACAACGACAACCCUUUAUAUGACUCUGUCGUAACGCUGAAAGACCUGCAAAUCGACCACGUGAAGCGAACAGGCUACGUGAACCUGCGCUGUGUAUGGGCCAUCGGCUGCCCCAGCGAACUCGAGCCAGGCCGCUAUUUCCGCGAAAGACCCGACGACCCGGCCCAUCCCACCGCCGUGGAGUACCCGGAUCGCUUUCUGGAGCUCUUCCCGGACGAGGAGCUGCCGGAGGUUGUGGGGGUGCCGUGCUGCAGCCAGUUCGCGGUGUCGCGCGAGGCCGUGCGAGCACGACCGAAGGCGGACUACGAGCGAUGCCGCCAGUGGCUGCUCGAUGUCGAUCUGGACAACGCCACGAGCGGGCGGAUCUUUGAAUACGCUUGGCACAUUAUGUUCGGCAAAACCGCCGAGCUGUGUCUGGAUGUAGUGACGUGCUACUGCGAGACCUACGGGUAUUGCGAUAUGGAGCCAAUCGAGCUCCAGAAUCAUUGGGUCUGGCGCGGCAUGGUGCUCCCACCCAACUGGCCCGAAUCGGAAGAACAGUCUUGA